GGCGUAAACCCUAAAAGACGACAUUUCCUCGUUUGUUUCACGCACAGUUAAGAGCUAAAGGCAGGUAGCACAAAAAGAGUCGAUCUCAGAGCUAAAAUGAAAGUGGAUGAAAGAUUGUAAUAAAUUGAGAUGAAAAAGCCAUCUGUACGCUGUGCUAAAACCGUUCGAGACGAUGAGUACGGAUCUAUUAUCUGAUUUGGACAGUCGUUUCUUCGCUGAUAACCUCCUGACCAGCGAGGACUGGGAUGCUUGCUUGUUCCGCUGUGACAGCUUGGAGGAUGACCAUGACCACUUGGGCCUGGCGUCCAAGUACGACACGCCUUUCGACAACGACCUCGUGCUCACGCUGGAUGGUGCCAACCCCCCAUCGCCAUGGCAACACACGCCCAACAAUCUGCUCACAGGCGAUGGCGCCAGGAGUGAAAGUAGCACGGUGGCACCGAUGGAGAUGAUGUUCCAGGUGAAAGCCGAGCCGCCAUCCCCUGCAUCGUCACCGGAGGCUGACCGCUUGCCGUCAUCGCCCAUUCCUCAGCUCACAGUAAAAGGCGAAAACCCUCCCACGCCUCCCUGCAUGUUUGGAGACGUGAUGUCACCCCCACUGGGCGCCGUGGAGGUCACCGUGGCGGCCACCACCGCCUCGCCACCUCACACCACCGCAGAGAUGCAGACGGCGUUUACCACACAGCUGCCCGCCAUCAUGGCUGCCGUCCAAACGCAGGCUGCAGUACUUCCUGCCGUGCCCUCGCUGAAGACCAACGCCAUAAUUGGUGCCAAGCCUGCCAUACAGCCCCGCCCCCUGUGCGUGGCCACUCUGCCCGUCCCACAGACACCAACAACCCCCAAGACUCUUCUCCUGCAGGGCGUUCCCGUCAUGGAGCAUACGCGACCCGUGGUCUGCCUCACCUCGGCCCCCGCCAUCGUCAAAGUGGAGCCCAUCUCACCCACGGCUGCGCCUCCCAGCAAAGCCAUCGUCCCGGCUACGCCGUUGCUUAGCAACAACUGCAAUGACAUCGACAUGAAAGUUCUCAAGCGUCAGCAGAGGAUGAUCAAGAACCGUGAGUCGGCGUGCCAGUCCAGGAAGAAGAAGAAGGAGUACGUACAGAACCUGGAGGUCCAGUUGAGGAGAGCCCAGCAGGAGAAUGAGCAACUCCGCAAGGAAAACCAGGCGCUGAGGGAGAGACUGGCUGGGAAGGAGUGUGCUGAGCCUACGAGCAACAGGCGAGCCGUGUGCGUCAUGGCUGUUCUUCUUUUUGUCACCUUCAGCUUCGGACCUGUCAGCAUCAUGGACAGGAAGUUGGCAACAAGCUUCCAAGAUGGCAGCGGGUCAUUUACAGGUCGCCGGCUGCUGGAGAUGCGGCCGGCAACCCAACCAACCCGCCGGCCUUCCGCCAGACAGGAAGACAAAACACUCGCAGAGGACGACGGCGAGACGGAAAUGUUUGCAGCGGAAUCGUUUCAAUUCAGGAACUCCAGCAACAUCUUCAGCAACACCAAGGAACUCCUCCUCCAUGACCUGGAACGCUACUUUAACUCCGCCCACUGUCCGCAGUUCAACCGCUCUGAGUCGCUCAGGCUGGCGGCUGAGUUGCGAGGUUGGGUUCAUCGUCAUCAGAUCAACCACAAGAAGUCUGGUGGGAAAGCAAAGUUGGCCAAGAAAGCCAAGAUGACUCAGCGGGCUCAGCUGAGGAAGACCAACGUGUCGAGGUACCUUCCCAUCCAGACACAUCGCUCCAUUGAAAGUCAGCUGCAGGUUGUUCCCGGGCCGGAGGUGACCUACAGCGACUUCCUGGACGCCAUCGACCGCCGCGAGGACACCUUCUAUGUGGUGUCCUUCAGACGGGACCACCUGCUGCUUCCCGCCAUCAGCCACAACAAGACCCGUCGGCCCAAGAUGUCUCUGGUCAUGCCCGCCAUGUCGGUCAACGAGAGCCUCUACAACGCCUCACGCGGCUAUGAGAUGAUGAUGCAGGUGGACUGUGAGGUCAUGGACACCCGCACCGUCCACAUCAAGUCCUCGGCCGUACCCCGCUCCCUGCGUCACCCGCCCCCACCGGCCUCGUCGCACGCCCAAGCGCACCAUCACCAUGGCAACCACACCGUCCUUCGUGGGCAUCACCAGCGCCACCCCUCAUCAUCUUCACCAUCCUCACCCCCUCGCAGUCGUGAGGACAAAUAUCUCAUCAGCCAAUCAGAGGGCGUCUGAGGAAGCGUGGCCGUCUGAGGAGGCGUUGCUGUGGCGAUCCCAGCCGCUGACUUUUUUUUCUAGUUUUAUUUAAUGUUGUUAAUAGCAGCGUGUAAAUAUUCCCUUUUCUUUUUUAUCUUUAUGCAAGUAGAAGAAACACAGAAACAACGUUUUUUAGUCAAAGUUGAACUAAAAGAAAAAAAGUCCACGUCGGCCAUGUUGAGUUUGUUGUUUAACACAAAAGCUUCACGCCCUUCCACUUCACUUUGUCUCCUUUUAUAGCUGUUUGUGUGAAAAAAUGAAAGAAUGAAAACGAAAGAAUGUUUUUUUUUUUCUUGAAGCUCCACCACUAGAUAAACACACGAGUAACUUUUUUACACGUGACCAGGCUUUGUUGUACAAUAUGAAUUCAUCUAUUAAAAAUAUACAACCAA